AUUCAGACUGCUUCUACAAACAUUUGUGAAAGACUAUGCAAUGAGUCCAUUCGUGAAAUGUCCUUGCUAGUAAAUAUUCCACGGUCAACUGUUAGUGGUAUUAUAACAAAGUGGAAGUAACUGGGAACAACAGCAACUCAACAACAAAGUGGUAGGCCACAUAAAAUGACAGAGUGGGCUCAUUGCAUGCUGAAGUGCACAGUCCGCAGAAGUCGCCAACUGUCUGCAGAGUCAAUAGCCAAAGACCUCCAAAAUUUGUGUUGCCUUCAGAUUAGCACAGCAACAGUGCCUAGAGAGCUUCAUGGAAUGGGUUUCCAUGGCCGAACAACUGCAUCCAAGCCUUACAUUACCAAGUCCAAUGCAAAGUUUCAGAUGCAGUGGUAAAGCAAGCCACCACUGGACACU